GCCGUCGGGACUGGCUCGUUCCCGGCUGCUGCUGCUGCCGCUGCACGGAGCAGGGCGGGGGUGCAAGGAACCCAAGGCGAGCAAGCAAGCGAGCAAGCUAACCUGCACCGGCAGUAGCAGCAGCAGCCUUGCAAGUGCCCGGUUGCAAGCUCGGCGGGGGGGAGCGGGUGGCUCGGGGACCCCCGCUGGGCUCCCCCCUCCUCCCUCUCCGCCCGCCCACCUGCCUUCCUGCCCCCCGCCCCACCCCGCGCGCUCCCCCGGGAUGAGCAUCUCCGUCCCGGAGGGGCUGACGGAGCUGCUGCAGGGCUUCACGGUGGAGGUGCUGCGGAGCCAGCCGGGGGACCUGCUGGAAUUCGCCCUCCAGUACUUCGGGCGCCUCAAGGCGGAGGCGGGUCCGGGGGCGGCGGCGGCGGGGCGGCGGCAGCAGCAGCAGGAGGACGGGAGCGCCGCCGGCCAGCGCCACUUCAAUGCGGGCCCCCCCGAGGCGCUGCGCAGGGCCCCCUCCGAGGGCGGCCGAGGGGUCAACUUCGCCCAGGAGCCCAUGCAGACCGACUCCGAAGCGGACGACGACGACGACGAGGAGGAGGCGGAAGGAUUCGCCGCUCCAGUGAUAAACCGGUUCAUUAGAAGGGCGUCAGUGUGUGCAGAAGCUUAUAAUCCUGAUGAAGAAGAGGAUGAAACUGAAUCAAGGAUUAUUCACCCCAAAACAGAUGAUCAAAGAAACAGACUGCAAGAAGCUUGCAAAGACAUACUUCUAUUUAAGAACUUAGAUCCAGAGCAGAUGUCUCAGGUAUUAGAUGCCAUGUUUGAAAAGUUGACUGAAGGAGGGGAGCAUGUCAUUGAUCAAGGUGAUGAUGGUGACAACUUCUAUGUAAUUGAUCGAGGGACUUACGAUAUCUAUGUGAAAUGUGAAGGUGUUGGAAGGUGUGUUGGCACGUAUGACAACCGUGGGAGCUUUGGUGAGCUGGCUUUAAUGUACAAUACACCCAGAGCGGCUACAAUCAUUGCUACCUCUCCUGGUGCUGUGUGGGGUUUGGACAGAGUCACAUUUCGAAGAAUUAUUGUAAAAAACAAUGCCAAAAAGAGAAGAAUGUAUGAAAAUUUUAUUGAGUCGUUGCCCUUCCUUAAGUCUUUAGAACUUUCGGAACGGUUGAAAGUGGUGGAUGUGAUCGGCACCAAAAUAUACAAAGACGGAGAACAAAUCAUUGCUCAGGGAGACAUGGCUGACUGUUUCUUUAUUGUUGAAUCUGGAGAAGUGAAAAUCACAAUGAAAAGAAAGGGUAAGCAGGAGGUAGAUGAAAAUGAAGCAGUGGAGAUUGCCCGGUACACUAGAGGACAGUAUUUUGGGGAACUUGCUCUUGUAACUAACAAACCUCGAGCUGCCUCAGCAUUCGCACUCGGUACAGUCAAGUGUUUAGUUAUGGAUGUACAGGCAUUUGAAAGGCUUUUGGGACCUUGUAUGGAAAUAAUGAAAAGGAACAUUGCGAACUAUGAAGAACAGCUAGUUGCUCUCUUUGGAACAAACAUGGACAUUUCCGAUCCCAGUGCAUGAAGUGCAGAACGAAGCCACACGAUCUGUUCAUGAGAAAUAGCACAGUAGUGGUUAGUCCACUGAUAAAUGUGUCUAUCUUUCUGUAGAUGCUAAGCAUUUUUUUGUGAUUUUACAGGGGAUUGGGUUUGUUGGCAUUUUAUUUUAUUUUCCCAACUUUUAUUUGCGUGUUUUUACACUGUCGUUCAAGUGUAUAAGUAAACACAGCUGAGAAAUCAUUCUGUUGGCCUAACCUUAAAGGGCUGAGCCCACCAGUAGCUCAGCUUCUAGGUAACACUCCUAAAAGAUCCACCCGAUAAGUCUUUCAUUUUUCAAUGGGAAUUUGCAAUCUUAUGUGCAGUUUUUGAGUUAUAACCAUUUGACACCUCUAAAAAAAAGACCAUGUCUUCUAUAAUAAAGUUACUAACAUUUCUUUUAAAUAAGUCCGUGAUUGCAAUCCAAACUCUUUGUGCAUACUAGCAUGUCUCUUUAUUUUAUCCCCCACCCCACCCCACCCAAAGAAACGGGUCCUUGCUUUCUACUUUUGGAGAAACAUGUUUGUCGGUAAAUAGCAGUGGUGGCUGUUAAGAGAGCUCCGCUUCACCUAAAUACUACAGAACCCUUUGAACUGCAGCAUAUCUGUGGAAUAAAUGCAUUCCUACUUGUUAAAUAGUUAAUGGUUUUUGUUAAAUAUCUGGAGGUAAAAAGAAUAAAUAGGUGUUGGUGGGGUAUUUGCCACUGACAUAAACUAAA